AUGAAAGCACUGAUAAAACAGAUUCAGCAAGUAUUAUAUUUUAUUCGUGCCGUAACUAAAGAUUUUCAAUGUUACGAAGAACUACUUGCGUUGGGUACACUAACUGGAAGAACUCGCGGAGCCGAUAUUUUUAAAAACUUUAAAGAAGUAUGUGAUAAAUUACAAUUGAAUGUCAGUAAUUUAGUCAGUGUCUGCACCGAUGGAGCACCUUCCAUGAGAGGCAAAAAAGAAGGAUUCAUUGCAUUAUUGAAAAAAAAAAACUUAAACUUAAAAAAAUUGAUAUCAUUCCACUGCAUUUUGCACCAGCAAAAUCUUUGCGCGAAAUCAACCAUUUUGCAAGACACUCUGGAUAAAACCAUUGCAAUUGUCAAUUAUAUUCGCGUAAACGCAAUGCGUCAUCGUGAAUUUCGGCAAAUGCUCUUGUUAGAUGAGGAAACUGUUGACCUACCGUACUACUGCAAGGUUCGCUGGCUAUCAUCAGGUCAUGUUUUGAUAAAAGUUUUGUCUUUACGACGACAAAUAUUAAACUUUUUUCAAGAACAAGGAAAGCUAUGUGAUCUAUCAGAUAAAGUAUUUCUGAGAAACCUUGCAUUUUUGGCUGAUAUGAUGACAAAGCAAAAUAAUUUAAAUAUUUGCCUGCAAGGUGAAACAAGAUAUAUUUAUGAAAUGUGGCAAAAGAUCCAAGCGUUUAGAAAAAAAUUAUUAUUUUUCAAAGCAUUGCUUUGUCGAUCGGAAAUAUCAGAACAAUUUUUCCCGGAGCUAACUAAAGUGUUAAAUGAGCAAAACUGUGAAAAUAAAGAAUUCGAUGAAUACGUAGGUGUCUUGGAUUGUUUAAUAGAAGAGUAUACUCAGAGAUUUUCUGAUUUUGACGAGCACACUCCUGCUAUGAAACUUGCAUUUGAACCACAUUUAAUAGAGAUAUCCGAUGCGCCUCCAGAAAUGCAAAUGGAGUUAAUUGAUUUAGGGGAAGAUAGUAUCAUCAAAUCUCUUUUUAACUCCAAAAAGGAUCCCAUAAAAAUUUGGAAAAAUGCCGUUGAAUAUCCACGCCUUCGAGAACACGCUCGCCGGUUACUUUCCUGCUUCGGAA